GCAGGUGUUACAAAAAAAACAAACAGAGGGGGCUGCAGGUGUUGCGCUCUGACGAAGAGCAAAUAGGGCGGAAUCGAAUCAGUAUAUAACGUAAAUUUGGCUGAUAAGUUCGGAGAGCAAUCUAAACUAUGCCACUGGACUACAAUGUUGUUAAUAAUUUGCCGGUCAACAAAGGAGGAACUUCUUGCGGAUAAAUAUUUUGGACUUGUGGCUGAUGUUAAGGAAGAUGGAUCCUAUAUCAUACGCGGAACCUUUAUGCUUGAGGAUAACUGGCUUAGGUUGAAACUAUACCUUCCUCACUACCCGGCUCUCAAUGGCUUCGAGCUGUAUGUUUUGGAAAAAUUCGAGUACAAACUAUAUACAGCCGAAAAUAUGACAGUUCAGGACGACUGGCAGCUGGAGGAUUUUAUCGACAAACUCCCACAGCUCCUGCCGCCAAAGAAACGUAUAGAGAUCCCAAAAGAAAUGCCACCACAAGGAAAUAUAUACGCUGACAUCCUUGCACUGCACAAGCCCAACGAGUACCGUCUGCAGAUAAAUGAUACAUGCACUAGGAUCCGUUUCUGCGAGUUUGUAGAUUUUGAGAAACAUUACCUUGAGUUGGGUCUUCCCUCUUUGGAGCUACUGGACCACAGCGUUCCAGACUGCAUUCCACUAGGAGAAAUGCUCGAGAAAAGCGCACAUUCCCUAGAGGAAGCAUUGGUGUUGUUUAUGAAAGUGCUGGACGAUUUGCGGCCCUUCUAUGAAAAUUUUAUGAACAUCGAUGAAUUGUGCCAUGUCCUGCAACCAUCGCCAGCUACCACGAAACACAAUUCCCGGGUUUUUCCUAUAAAAGAUCGGGUUUACCUUAAAGUUACCAGUUUGGACCCCUUCGCCUGCUUCGGGUCCAUGGAGAUAAAGAUUAUUGGGCCCACAGACGAAGUGAGUCGCUUGCGGCAUGUCCUCAGCGAUGGACUAGGGAACUGGGAUUCGGAAUUAGAUAUGUACAAGAACCUGCUGCGUAUUUUUGACUUGCUCUUCUUUCCCAUGCCGGACUGGGUCGAUGACCAAGACCAAAAGAAGGACGAAGAGGACGACGAGGAGCUGCGCUGCAAUAUAUGCUUUUCCUACCGUUUGGAGAAGGGCGAGGUGCCCCUCGUAUCCUGUGAUAAUGCGAAAUGCGUUCUGAAGUGUCAUGCAGCCUGCCUGAAGGAGUGGUUUCAAACUCAACUGGAGGGCAAGACCUUUCUGGAGGUAUCCUUCGGUCUUUGUCCCUUUUGCAAGGCGAAACUAUCCACUUCUUUUGCUGCCCUCUUGGAUGAAUAAAUCGAACAGAACAUAUUUGUGAAUAAAAAAAUCUAUAUAAACA